AUGUUAUCGAGAGUAGCUAAACGUGCCUUCUCCUCCACAGUUGCCAACCCUUAUAAAGUCACCGUUUUGGGUGCAGGCGGUGGUAUUGGGCAACCUUUGUCCUUGCUGUUGAAGCUUAACCACAAGGUCACCGACUUGAGACUGUAUGAUUUGAAGGGUGCUAAAGGUGUUGCCACGGAUUUAUCUCAUAUUCCAACAAACUCCGUGGUUAAGGGGUUUACCCCAGAAGAGCCAGAUGGGUUGAGUAAUGCCUUGAAAGACACGGAUAUGGUCUUGAUCCCGGCCGGUGUGCCCAGAAAGCCUGGUAUGACUCGUGACGACUUGUUCGCUAUCAACGCCAGCAUUGUUCGUGAUUUGGCAGCGGCCGCUGCUGAGUCCGCUCCCAACGCUGCCAUCUUGGUCAUCUCCAACCCAGUCAACUCCACCGUCCCAAUUGUCGCCCAGGUCUUGAAGAACAAGGGUGUUUACAACCCAAAGAAGCUAUUCGGUGUGACUACCUUGGACUCCAUAAGAGCCGCCAGAUUCAUUUCCGAAGUGGAAAACACGGACCCAACUCAAGAAAGGGUCAAUGUCAUCGGUGGCCACUCGGGUAUCACUAUCAUCCCAUUGAUCUCCCAAACAAAUCAUAAGUUAAUGUCCGAUGACAAAAGACAAGAAUUGAUUCAUAGAAUACAGUUUGGUGGUGACGAAGUCGUCAAAGCUAAGGACGGUGCCGGUUCCGCCACGCUGUCUAUGGCCCAUGCCGGUGCCAAGUUCGCCAACGCCGUGUUGUCUGGGCUCAAGGGCGAGAGAGACGUCAUUGAGCCUUCCUUUGUGGACUCUCCUCUAUUCAAGUCUGAAGGCAUAGAAUUCUUUGCGUCUCCGGUCACUUUGGGCCCAGACGGUAUCGAAAAGAUCCAUCCAAUAGGUGAAUUGUCUUCCGAAGAGGAAGAAAUGCUACAAAAGUGCAAAGAAACUUUGAAAAAGAACAUCGAGAAGGGUGUUAAUUUCGUUGCUAGUAAAUAG